AAUCACCUAGAUGCCAUUCCUAAAUCGGGAACCCCAGAGGGAUGGAGGAACGUUUUGCUAUCCGUGGUAACUAAACUUCCCCAAAGGAGCCGUUCGGUCCGUCCCGUCCAGGACAGGAAAGGCGGGACCCUUUAAGGAGGCGGAGAAAUUAACUGCGACGGGUGAGCGCUUUACCCAAUCGCCGGUGGCUCCGGGAGUCUCCUGCCCAAUGAGCACCCGGUGGGGGCGGGGCGGGAUCCACACCCGGAAGCGGGUGCAGGCCGGCCGGCUAACCCGGGGGCCAUGGCAGCCGCGGCCCCUGCAGCAGACGGGGUCCCAGGUCGGGGACCUCCCGGGGAGGUGAUUCAUCUGAACGUGGGAGGCAAAAGAUUCAGUACCUCUCGCCAGACUCUCACCUGGAUCCCAGACUCCUUCUUCUCCAGUCUUCUGAGCGGACGCAUCUCAACACUGAAAGAUGAGACCGGAGCCAUCUUCAUCGACAGGGACCCCACCGUCUUCGCCCCUAUCCUCAACUUCCUGCGCACCAAAGAGUUGGACCCCAGGGGUAUCCACGGUUCCAGCCUCCUCCACGAAGCCCAGUUCUAUGGACUCACUCCUCUGGUUCGUCGUCUGCAGCUUCGGGAAGAGUUGGAUCGAUCUUCUUGCGGAAACGUCCUCUUCAAUGGUUACCUGCCUCCACCAGUGUUCCCGGUGAAGCGGCGGAACAGGCAUAGCCUGGUGGGGCCCCAGCAAGGAGGGGGACGCCCAGCCCCUGUUCGACGGAGCAACACGAUGCCCCCCAACCUGGGCAAUGCAGGGCUGCUGGGCCGAAUGCUAGAUGAGAAAGCCCCUCCCUCCCCAUCAGGGCUACCAGAGGAGCCGGGAAUGGUGCGCCUGGUGUGUGGACACCACAACUGGAUCGCCGUGGCCUAUACCCAGUUUCUUGUCUGCUAUAGGCUGAAGGAAGCCUCUGGCUGGCAGCUGGUGUUUUCCAGUCCCCGCCUGGACUGGCCCAUAGAGCGACUGGCACUCACAGCCCGGGUGCUCAGUGGGGCCCUGGGUGAGCAUGACAAGAUGGUGGCAGCAGCCACGGGCAGCGAGAUUCUGCUGUGGGCUCUGCAGGCAGAAGGCGGCGGCUCUGAGAUAGGAGUCUUCCAUCUGGGCGUGCCUGUGGAGGCCUUAUUCUUCGUCGGGAACCAGCUCAUCGCCACAAGCCACACAGGGCGCAUCGGGGUGUGGAAUGCCGUCACCAAGCACUGGCAGGUCCAGGAGGUGCAGCCCAUCACCAGUUACGAUGCUGCAGGCUCCUUCCUCCUCCUGGGCUGCAACAAUGGCUCCAUCUACUACGUGGAUGUGCAGAAAUUCCCCCUGCGCAUGAAGGACAAUGACCUCCUUGUCAGCGAGCUCUACCGGGACCCGGCGGAGGAUGGAGUCACAGCCCUGAGUGUCUACCUCACUCCAAAGACCAGUGACAGUGGGAACUGGAUUGAGAUCGCCUACGGCACGAGCUCAGGGGGUGUGCGUGUCAUCGUGCAGCAUCCCGAGACCGUGGGCUCGGGGCCUCAGCUCUUUCAGACCUUCACCGUGCACCGCAGCCCCGUCACCAAGAUCAUGCUGUCAGAGAAGCACCUCAUCUCAGUCUGUGCCGACAACAACCACGUGCGGACGUGGUCUGUGACUCGCUUCCGUGGCAUGAUUUCCACCCAGCCUGGCUCCACCCCGCUCGCUUCAUUCAAGAUCCUGGCGCUGGAAUCGGCCGACGGGCAUGGCGGCUGCAGUGCUGGCAAUGACAUUGGCCCCUACGGCGAGCGGGACGACCAGCAAGUGUUCAUUCAGAAGGUGGUACCGAAUGCCAGCCAGCUCUUCGUGCGUCUUUCCUCCACUGGUCAGCGGGUGUGCUCCGUGCGCUCCGUGGACGGCUCGCCCACCACCGCCUUCACAGUGCUCGAGUGUGAGGGCUCCCGGAGGCUGGGCUCCCGGCCCCGGCGCUAUCUGCUCACUGGCCAGGCCAACGGCAGCUUGGCCAUGUGGGACCUGACCACCGCCAUGGUCGGCCUCGGCCAGGCGCCUGCAGGGGGCCUGACAGAGGAAGAGCUGCUGGAACAGCUGGAGCAGUGCGAACUAGCACCGCUGGCUUCCUUCAGGGGUGCUCCCCCCAGCCCCUCGCCCCGGACCUCUCUCACCAGUCUCCACUCAGCCUUCAGCAGCGCCUCCCUGUCCAGCCGCCGUGGGAGCCCGAGCCCCCCACAGGCUGAGGCCCGGCGCCGCUGGGGAGGCAGCUUCGUGGAACGCUGCCAGGAACUGGUGCGGAGCGGGCCGGAGCCCCGGCGGCCACCGACACCGGCCCCCCGGCCCUCCGCGGGUCUCGGGGCUCCCCUUGCACCCCCCAAGAUGAAGCUCACUGAAACUUCCUUCUGAACAUGGCUGCCAUGGUGCCUUGAGAUACCCAGGCCCUGGGGGACUCAGGUGCCUGCCCCGCUUCCUGUCACAGUCCUGGGUUCAGGGCCAGGGCCUCCUUGGAGUGGUUAGUGUUACUAGGCCCCCAUCAUCUCCCUUUUCUGGAGCCAAAGUCACCCUUCCCUAAUAAAGUUCUCACUGCCA